AUUUUACGGCCAUUAUUUUGCAGAUUAGCCGUUAUUUUACAGAACGAUUUGUUGAAUUUUUAACAAGAAUUUUAAAUACAAAAGUAAUAUUUACAAGAGAUUUGUGAGAGCAGAGUAAUUAUUAGUUAUCUUUUAAAUGGCUGAAAGUCCUCACACAAUAACAAAACAAAAAAGUAACGUGAAAGGAAUUCUUAAGCAUGGAAACGAACCUUCUCCUCAUCCUGAAAUCAAAUGGGAUGAAAUGAACAUUUUAGAAACAUUUCACCCAGCAAAUAAAGACUAUGGUCACAUGAAGAUCGACGAACCUCCGACACCUUAUAGUCACGAAAUAGUUGAUGAUGAAGAGAUAACAAAUAGUGGUAUUAGUUCAAGUGAACUUACAAGUAAACUAAUUGCAACAGGUAGCCGAAUAGAUUAUAUAAGUGGAGAAGACUCUGGUGAAGAUGAAGAUGAGAAUCUCACAUUAGAGGCAAAACAUAAAAAAGAUGAAUUUAAACAACAUCGACGAAAUCAUUACAAUGAGUUUCAAAACGUCAGAAAAGCUAGGGAACUUAUUGAGAAAGAAUUGGCUGAAAUUGAAAAAGAAGAGGAUGAAAACAAAAACAUGGACGUAUCCAAUUAAUAAUUAGCCUGGCCAAACUUUUUUUAUUUGAGUCUAAUCAAAUGCAUGAUACAUAAUAUUUCUCUAACCAGAAACUCAGUAAUGUUAAAUUUUUAGAUGUUUAACAUUUUUCUAUAGUUAUUUUUAAUGUUAACGCUUUGUACGAUUUAAAUGAUUUCCAUCAGUCAUAUCUUUUAUGAUGUGUUUAUUCAUCAUAUUGUUUUAACUGUAUAAGUAUUAUUAUUUUAUCUGAAAAAGAAAGUUUAUAUUUUUGGAAUUAGCAACGAUGAUCAAAAAAUAGUCAA